AUGGAAUCAAAUAACUUUGAAACUAAAUCUCUAAAGCAUAGAGGGAAGGAUGAGAAGAUGACGAUUAGAAUGAAUCAGAAUCAAAUUAUUGUGGUGAUAGAGCCAUCAGAUUUAUAGUCAGCAAUGAAGCUAUAGAUCGAAUAGAUAAAGGACAAAGCAGCUAAUAAAAAUUAUAAUUGGGAAAUCUUCGAUAUCAAGCAGGUAAGAUAGGUUACAUAACUAAGGAAAUCGGAGCAGGUACAUUUGGAUAAGUAUUUGCAUCGUUGGAUUAAAAGACAGGGAAGAAAUAUGCUCUAAAAUUUAUCGGCUAUGACGAUGAAAGUGAUUAGGAUCCUGAAUUUAAGGCAGCUGUCAGAGAAAUUGUUAUUAUGCAAACAUUAUCAUAAACUAAUUGUCAAGGGUUGCUUAAGAUUUAUGAUAUUUAUCCAUGCAUAAAGGAUGAUAACAAAUACCUAGUGAUCGUAAUGGAAUUGUGUGAUUGCAAUCUAAUGGAGCUCCUAAAGGUACAUUUCCUUUUAAUAUUUCAAGGUAAGAAUAGAAGAGAAUAAAACAAAAUGGACUGAUGAAGAAUUGCUGUACAUUUUAUAUUAGUUGGUUGAAGGUUUUGUAAUUAUGAAGAAACAUAAUGUCACUCAUCGUGAUAUAAAACCUUAAAACAUCCUAUAUUGUUAAGCAGAUAAAUCUUACAAAAUUGCAGAUUUAGGAGGUGCCAAAUUCCUCAAGCCUAAAUAAGCUUAAUUAAAUACUGUUCGUGGAUCUCCAGCUUAUUGGGCUCGUAAUUAAUAAAAUAUUAUUUCUUUUAGCUGAGAUUUAUUUUUUUUGUGAUUUACAAAAAGACAAGGAAGGUCGUUUCUUUGUGGGUAAAUAACAUUUAAACUAUGAUCCAUACACAUCUGAUGUCUAUUCAGUUGGAAUCACAUUCUUGUUGAUGCGCAAACUAAUUCCNUUUGAUAUGUCUUUUAAUCUAUUAGUUAAAUCAAUGAUUUAUAGUUCUAAAUGA